GGAACAGAAUACAAUCUUUUGGUGACCAUGAUGAUGGCAACACAACCUCAGAGGCAACCGAUGCCACCCCACUCUCUCAACCCUCAACCAUCAAACCACUAGUAGUUUUUUGGUUACAAUCGCAGCAAUCAUCACAAUGACGGCCAUUUCCAAGAGUUCAAGAAUUCUACUCUUCUGUAUGGUUCUGUCGCUGUCGUUGAGCAAAAGUUUCUCCUUUCAAGCACAUGGAGCAAAGUCUUUUUAUCCCUUGGCAAGAUCAGGAUCAGUAAUAGCAUCAGGAUUCAGAACAAGACCAACGAUUCGGCAAAGCUCCAAGUCGGACUAUGAAGAAAGCAAUGACUUACCACAAGAAAAACAAAAUGAAGAAUCCUCUACAUCGUUUUGGAAGGCAUUAUCGAAUCAACUGGACAAUCAACAAACGAAGCGACCACCCAUUCAAGUAGACGAUGCCAACUUGCUGUUUUACGACGUGCUUCUGCUAAUCAACCUCAGUGUCAGCGUUUCGUAUUGGGUAGUCCAUCGAAUGCAAUUGGAUCACAUUGCUCUGGCAUUCAACGAAGGAAGCCUGCUUUCCAUUCUGUGGAUCAUUGCUGGAUUGUACAACGGUAUCUUUUUGCAUUCGGCCUUGGAAGGGCAUCAGCCACUCUAUGAUGGUGCUGCGAACAGCAACAACAACGACGACAGUACCGAAGAGGAAAACGCAGCAAACAGCAAAAAGUGGUGGGAGAGUUUGACGCAAACUGACAACCUCGGAGGACCCGCAGCUGCUGGUUUGCUGGCAUUGAAUACGUUCAUCAAUACCCUCAGUUUGAGAUUGAUUGUCGCACUGGUGGUCGCCGUCGUUGAACAUCGACCAGUCUUUGAUGAUCCAUUGGAACAGCUCAUUCCUCUCGAGGCAACUACGGGGUUGGUUCUUAUGAGCACUUGGCGGACAAUUCACUCCAUUUACGCGACUAGAAUUUAAUAAAGAACUCUGCUCGCUAGACCGAAAUACAAAAUAAUAACAAGUACAAUAUACCCUUCAGAGAGAAUGACAA